UUUUUUUAUACCAAGAACAAAUAAGCCCAAAUGAAUGGCAGAAAAUUAGCUGGGGCGGCUCAGAAUAAUCCUCACACGACGAACCGGGCCCAAUAAAAUAUAAGCGACGAGAACUCCUCAUCCCCCAAUCAUUACGCCGACACUCAGACCCUCUCCCUCUUUCUCUAACGCUGCUACCUUCACCACAUCUCCUUCCGGCUACAAACAACAACGAUGAAGCUUACACCCUUCAACUACAGUUUUUCAUCGUUCACUGCAAAGAUCAAUUCAUCACGGGCAUUAUCUUUUACUGGUUCUAGAUGGGCUGGCCUAGCUAGCCAAUUCAGCUCAAACUCCGCUACAAGUGAUAGUAGUGGUAUUUACUCUGGAAAUGUGGACUCAGAUAUUGAGCACAAGGUAAACCCAUCUGUGGUUGCAUCUUACCGGAAAGGAUUAUUUUUUGGUUUGCCAACCAAGCAUAUUGAGUUUCAUCGGGCUUUCUCCACAAUUGUGGAUAGACCUGCAAACGUAAGUGAUGAUGGGAAAAAGGUCCUUCGUCCAUUAUCACCUCACCUUGCUGUUUAUAAGCCUCAGACAAAUUCAACAUCAUCUAUUCUACAUAGAAUAUCUGGAGCUUACUUAGCUGCCGUCGUUUUCGGCUUUCAUGUUAUUUAUCUGAAAGCAGGCUCAGUUUGCCUCAGCUACAACAAUUUCUACCAAUUAUUGUUCUAUUCAUCAACUCUCAGCCAACUUGCUCUUGCAAUAGCUCCCGUAGCAAUAUCCUAUCAUGUGGUCAAUGGGGUUCGUCAUUUAGUUGUGGAUUUUUCAGGAUAUCUCUUUCCAAAAAUCGGAAGAAACAAGCUGAAAGGGCUGUAAAGUCGGAUGACUCAAGUAAUUACCUUGUUCCCAAUAAAACCAAGUGUUUUGCUAUACUAUUUUCUCAUUUUCUGCAAUCUUGUGCAUUUCUAGAUCCAAGAAGCUCUGAUUCUUGGUAUACCUUGGAUUGGAUCUGAUCUUACAUCAUCUGAUGAUGAUAUUUGCAGUUGAAAUAGAAACAAACAAGUGGUUUUUGAAUAAAUAUUGUGAAUUAUUAUUGUAUUUGCAUUCAGCAUCCCCUCAACCAUUUCUUAUUAAAAUUCAAAUUUGAAUAAAACUGAAACGAAUAUCAAAUGCAC